AUGGCGUUCCGGGAGUCCAGAGAAAGGACCUUCUGGGCCGCAGACUACGCUGUGUUUGCGGCCCUGUUCGUGGUCUGCUCAGGAAUAGGGAUCUUCUUCGCAGUGAAGGAGAGGAAGAGGGCGACUUCGCAGGAGUUUCUGGUGGGAGGAAGGCAGAUGUCCUGUGGCCCCGUGGCCCUCUCUCUCACCGCCAGCUUCAUGUCGGCGGUGACGAUCCUGGGAACCCCCGCCGAUGUGUACCGAUUUGGGGGUGGCUUUAUUUUCUUUGGCAUUGCCUUCCUGUUUGUGGUGAUAUUCUCAGCUGAGGUUUUUGUGCCUGUUUUCUACAGGUCAGGAAUCACCAGCACAUAUGAGUAUUUGGAGCAGAGGUUCUCUAAAGGAGUCCGAAUGGCUGCCACUCUCAUCUAUAUGGUGCAGACGAUCUUGUACACAGGAAUAGUGGUGUACGCCCCAGCCCUCGCCCUCAAUCAAGUGACGGGCUUCCACCUGUGGGGCUCCGUAUUUGCUACUGGCAUCGUCUGCACGUUUUACUGCACCCUGGGGGGCCUGAAGGCCGUGGUGUGGACAGACACGUUUCAGAUGGGGGUGAUGGUGGUGGGCUUCCUGGCCGUGCUGAUCCAGGGCUGCAGCCUGGCAGGGGGGGUGCAGGAGGUGUGGCAGACAGCCCAGCAGGGCUCCAGGCUGGACAUCCUUGACUUUGACCCUGACCCCCUGCGGCGUCACACGUUCUGGACCGUGUCCAUCGGGGGCACGUUCACCUGGCUGGGGAUCUACGGCGUGAACCAGUCCACCAUCCAGAGGUGCAUCUCCUGCAAAUCUGAGAGACAUGCCAAGAUGGCUUUGUACUUAAAUCUUUUGGGUCUUUUGGUGAUUAUAUUUUGUGCAGUCAUGUCUGGUCUCAUCAUGUAUGCUUUCUACGCACAAUGUGACCCCUGGUCUGCUGGACUGGUGGAGGCAUCCGACCAGCUGAUGCCUUAUUUUGUUAUGGAAAUCUUGGAAGAUUAUCCUGGACUUCCAGGACUGUUUGUGGCCUGUGCCUUCAGUGGGACAUUGAGUACUGUGGCUGCCAGCAUCAACGCCCUGGCGACUGUAACCUAUGAAGACUUUGUCAAACAGUACUGUGACCUCACUGACAAAGCUGGAACCUGGGUCAGCAAGGGACUGUGUGUGGUCUUUGGAGUGGUCUGCACCACCAUGGCUGUGGCAGCAUCGUUCAUGGGGGGAAUCGUACAGGCAGCACUGAGCAUCCAUGGGAUGUGUGGGGGUCCCAUGCUUGGUCUCUUCUCCCUGGGGAUCCUGUUCCCCUGCACUAACACCAAGGGGGCUGCAGGGGGCCUGGUCCUGGGCAUCACUCUGUCCUUCUGGGCAGGCAUUGGGGCCUUUAUCUACCCCGCUCUGGACAGCAAGACCCGACCCCUGCCUCUCACCACCGGGGGAUGCACUGCUCAGAACAGCUCCACUGUUAACACAACCGUUCCACCACUGACAUCCCAAACCACAUCGCUCAGGCCGUUGCUGGCGGACUACUGGUACUCCAUGUCCUAUCUGUACUACAGUGCUGUGGGCUACAUCGCCACCGUCGCAGGGGGCUUGCUGAUCACCUGGCUCACAGGCUCCGUUGCUGAGGAGGUGAAACCCUGGCUGAUACGACCAGUUUGUGACCUCUGCUGCUUCUGGUCUGAGGAGUACAAGAGGAUGUGUUGGUGCGGGGUGGAUCAUAAGGAGGACAGCCUGGAUUUGGUCCACUCAGAGGAAAGACCCCCAGACCAUGAGAUGGACCCUGUGGGACCAGGAGAGAGAUACGACCUGCAGAAGACAUCCUACAUCAACGCAGAGUUCAUAAAGGACAUACAUCUUUGA